AGAUGCUUUUACUCAGAACUACAAAUCCCUUGAGGCCCUGCGCGGCCGCCCUAUGGCGUCAUCAGCGCGAGCGGGAGGAAGUAGGAAGCGAUUAGAAACACAUCUGAAGUUAAAGUGCGUCAAACACACCCGUUGAUGUCAGGAUGGCGUCAGAUGAUGUCACACAGCUCGCAGACUCACUGGCAAAAACUCAAGUGAAUGAAGGAGAGCUGAGCUAUAAAGGACAAGGACUCAAACUGGACAAUGUGGAAUCUGUGAAUGAGAUGGUCGAGGACAUUAAGGAGUUUGAUGGUCUGCGUGCGCUCAGACUGGAGGGAAACACUGUUGGUCUGGAUGCAGCGCGUACCAUCGCUGAAGCCCUGAAGACAAAGAGAGACCUCCAGUGCUGUUAUUGGAGCGACAUGUUCACCGGGCGUCUGCGAGCUGAGAUUCCACCUGCGCUGGAGUCUCUGAGUGACGCCAUCAUCACGGCCGGCGCGCGGCUGAAGGUUCUGGAUCUGAGCCAUAACGCUUUCGGACCAGACGGAGUGAAAGGUAUCGAGACGCUGCUAAAGAGCGCCGCCUGCCACUCGCUGCAGGAACUGCACCUGAACAACUGCGGUAUGGGCAUCGGUGGAGGAAAGAUUCUAGCGGCGGCUCUGACAGUGUGUUAUAAGGAAUCGAGGCAUCUCGGCUCUCCUCUGGAACUGAAGGUGUUCAUCGCCGGCAGGAAUCGAUUGGAAAAUGAUGGAGCCACGGCGCUGGCACAGGCCUUUAAGCUGAUUGGUAGUCUAGAGGAAGUGCACAUGCCUCAGAAUGGAAUCAAUCACCUAGGAGUCACCGCUUUAGCCACAGCAAUGGAGCACAACCCUCAGCUGCGUGUCCUUAACCUCAAUGACAACACCUUCACCAAGAAAGGAGGAAUAGCCAUGGCACAGGCGCUGCAACACUUACGCAACGUGCAAGAGAUAAACUUUGGUGAUUGUCUUGUACGAUCAGAAGGAGCUAUUGCCAUCGCAGAUACCUUGAGAGAUGGACUGCCACUAUUGAAGAAGUUGAAUCUGUCGUUUUGUGAACUCACUGAGGAAGCCGCUCUGACUGUGGCGACAUCAGUUCAACGCAAAGAUCAUUUAGAAAAACUCUACUUGAAUGGAAACUGUUUGGGUGAUGAAGGUUGUGAGAAUCUUCGCAAAUUGAUGGACGACAUUAAAAUGGGCCAUGUACUCGGAUCUCUGAGCGAUGAUGAAGGAGAUCCUGAGGAAGAUGAUGAUGAUGAUGAUAAUGAAGAAGAUCAUGAUGAUGGUGAGGAAAAUCAUGAUGAUGGUGAGGAAGAUGAUGAGGAUGUGGAGGAAGAAGAGGAGGAGGAGGAGGAGAAAGAACCUAACGAUUCUAAUCAGUUUUCCACUCCACCCUCAGCUCCUCGACCUCCAGACGUCUCGUCUUUUCUCACCUUCCCAUCUCCAGACAAACUGCUGCGACUCGGGGAAAAGAGAUGCUUUCUCAUCCAGCAGGAGGUGGAUGGGACGGAUGUGAACGGGACAGCAGAAAUGUUUCUACAGAUCUCGUCUGUGUAUAAGGAGGACAACACAGAGGUGAAGUCAGCCGUGCUGGAGAGUAUCGAUGCUGUCAUGAGUAAAGUCUUGUCCACACCUUCAUUCCAGUCGUUGAGUUUUGUGUCGUCACUUUUGGUCAUGCUCGGACUGCUGAAGAGUGAAGAUAAGCAGAAGGCGGUGAGGGUGGUACCAGGACAUCUCCAGUGUUUAGAACAUGCAGUCAAACAGAGUUAUUUCCCUAAAGAGCACGUCAUGGUUCUCAACGCGUUCAUGGCCAGACAGAAUAAAUCACUGGAGUCGUGCAACGGCGCUCGAGAUCGACUGAAGUCAACACUCCAGAAACUCGCAACAGAGAGCUGAACACACACAAACACACACACGCGCUUGUAAAACACAUUAAUUAAAGAUCUGAUUCUGGUUUUUCACACUUUGUGCUGGAAUGGUUUGAUAUGUAAUCAUUACAUUGUUGUGUCUUUGAAAGCU